AACUUUUUCCAGUUGUAGUUAAGACACUGUCGCGAGAAAACAUGCGAAGCGUGUUAUCACUAAAGCUAUUAAUUUAAUUAAUAAAAAUAUACGUCAUGUUUAAGUUGUGCGUGCUUAUCUCGUCGCUGCUUUUGGUGCUGCAGCUGGGCGCAGGUCUAGAAUUUAAAGAUUGUGGAUCAAAGACGGGCAAGUUCACUCAAGUCACCAUCGAAGGCUGUGAUACGACAAAGGCAGAGUGCAUUCUCCAUCGAAAUACCAAUGUAUCAAUAUCAAUCGACUUUACAUUGUCCGAAAAGGCUACAUCCGUUAUAACUGUUGUCCAUGGCAAAGUGUUGGGUAUUGAAAUCCCAUUUCCUCUCAGCAAUCCGAAUGCAUGUGUCAACAGUGGCCUCACAUGUCCGUUAGAAAAAAAUGAAUCCUAUCGCUAUACGGCCACGCUCUCAGUGUUAAACAGCUAUCCAAAGGUCUCAGUGCUUGUCAAAUGGGAGCUUCAGGAUCAAAACAAUCUGGAUAUUCUUUGCAUUGAAAUCCCCGCCAAAAUACAAUAAAAUAUAAAUAUAA